CAAGCUCUUUGGCCUCCAGUCUAAGGUGGCUUCCUCUGUUGCCGGCUGAGCCAGAGUCCGACGCCCAUCGAACCAACCUUCCGGACUUGAUCGUGCGUGUAUUCAUCUCGCGAGAUCACAAAAAAAGAGCUUCCGGACGUAGGGUCGGCGGGCGCGUGGAAACGGCGUGGGAGAGGACUCAGGAGUGAGAUGUGGCCCCUCCGGGCUCCAGGCCCCUGGCGCUUGGCCCUGGCCCACCUGCGCUGGGGAGCCCGGCGGUACUCGGGGCCCCCGGGCGGCCCGGGCCUGCGCACCCGCCUGCUGGUGACCGGGCUCUUUGGCACGGGGCUGGCGGUGGCGUGGCUGUCGGCCCGCGCCGAGAAGGAGCAGCGGCAGCAGAGGCGGCGGAUGGAGGCCUUGCGCAGCGCAGCCGUGGGCCAAGGGGACUUCCACCUGGUGGACCACACGGGCCGUCCACGCUGCAAGGCCGACUUCGCCGGCCAGUGGGUACUCCUGUACUUCGGCUUCACGCACUGCCCGGACAUCUGCCCCGAGGAGCUGGAGAAGCUGGCCGGAGUGGUGCGCAGGCUUGACGCCGAGCCAGGGCUGCCGCGCGUGCAACCCCUCUUUGUCACCGUGGACCCCGAGCGGGACGACGUGGCCGCCGUGGGGCGCUAUGUGCGCGAGUUCCACCCGCGGCUACUGGGGCUGACGGGCACCCCGGAGCAGGUGAGCCAGGCCGGCCGCGCCUACCGCGUCUACUACAGCGCGGGGCCUCGGGACGAGGAUCAGGACUACAUAGUGGACCACUCCAUCAUCAUCUACCUGCUCAACCCCGACGGGAUUUUCACUGACUACUACGGCCGCAGCAAGACGGAGGAGCAGAUCACGGCCAGCGUGCGGAGGCACAUGGCCCGCUUCCGCAGCAUGCUCAGCUGAGUGCCCGGGCCCAGCCCCGAC